GACGAGUGUUGUCAUGUAACUGUUUGUUUCUCGACUGAGUUCGCUUCAGUUCAGGUGGUGUGACGAUCAGACCUUGUUGCAAUCUACUUCCCUUCGUCGUUUGUUUUGGCCUGUGAGCUGAACAAAGGGAUCCGAUGCUGUUCAGUCUUCGCCCUUGGAUUGUAUAAUUUUCAGAUUGUGAAACUCCGAGCAUUGAUUAUUUAUUUUUGCUGGUUUUGAAUCGGGCCACACUUGCUGGAUUUGCGUGAGCACCUAAAAGAUGGCGACGGGUGCUAACACUACUCCGUUGGGACUCAACCCUAUCCUUGCCGCUAGACAAGCUGCUGCAGCCAUCCCUGCCCUUCAGAAUAGACAGCCCUCAAUGCUACCUCAAACUCAGCUUCUGCCACAGCAGCAGCAGCCUCAGCAAGUAACGCAGCAGCAGCAGCAGCAGCCGGCACAGCAGACUCCCCAGAAGCAUAGCACUUUGGAUACAUCAAGUCGACAGGCUCUAACUGCCCAUAUUGAGGCUGCUAAAAGAGCAGCGGAAGCUGUCACAUCACAUCUCCCCAAGCGCAGGAAGACCCGUUGGGGCAAUGAAUCAGAAAAGAGCACCGCUGUGCCUACGCAGCUUCCAUCUCACCUGUCUGAAGAGGAACAGAAGAAGUAUCUCAUUCACAUUCGCAUCGAGGAGCUGAAUAAAAUGCUUCGCGCUGGCGACUAUGGCAUUCCCGAACGACAGGAAAACCGUUCGCCGUCUCCAGAGCCGUUCUAUGAUCACAAGGGAGUACGACUGAACACACGCGAGUCUCGCAUGAAGAAGCGCAUGGAAGAGGAGCGCCAUAAGCUGAUCCAGGACGCCAUUCAGUUGAAUCCGGACUACAAGCCACCCUCAGACUACAAGCCACCGCAGAUCAGAAUUCAAGAUCGAGUGUCCAUACCGCAGGAUGAAAACCCGCACAUCAAUUUCAUUGGCCUGAUCAUUGGGCCCCGUGGCAACACUCUAAAGAAGCUAGAGAAAGAUACGAACACUAAGGUCAUGAUACGUGGCAAGGGCUCCGUCAAGGAAGGAAAGACACCCAGGCCUGGUGUUAAGCCAGACAAUGCUGAAGAUGAAGAACUCCAUGCACUUGUGACUGGCCAGACUUGUGAGUCAGUGAAGAAGUGUGUUGACAAAAUCAAAGAUGUCAUUCGUCAAGGUGUUGACGCACCCGAGGGUCAGAGCGAUCUCAAGCGACUUCAGCUUCUUGAGCUGGCAGCACUGAAUGGAACUUUGCGUGCUGAUGAAGUGGCAAGAUGCCGUAACUGUGGUGCCACCAGCCACAAGACCUGGGAGUGCCCUGAGCAGACCAACUUCACCAACGAGGUGAUGUGUGCAGAGUGUGGAGGUCGCGGCCACGUCGCUAAGGACUGUAUCGUCAAGAAGCCACAACCAGAGGACAAAUCUAACAUCAUCAUACCGCAGCACAACAGUUUAGUAGAAGCUGCUCCGCCGAGUAGCUACCUUACUGGUGGCCGUGGCAAGGUGGAUGCCGAGUAUCAAUCCUUCAUGGCCGAGCUAACAGGCAAGCCUGCUGCACCAGGCAACAACAGCAGCGGUAGGAAUCAACAUCAGCCACCACCAGGAGGACAUGGAGGAUAUGGUGGCCGGGGCAAUGUGCCACCACCUCAAGGACUGACUGGUCGUGAUAACACUGGUGGUAUUACGGUGUAUGAUCAUUCCAAAUCCGGUCCAAUGCCGUGGAACAAGCCUGCAGGUGCACGUCCGCAUGCUGCUGCCAACAAUCCACCGUGGGCACCGAACAGUUCGUCGGCCGGCCAGGUUUCAACCCCGUCAUCAUCGGUCUCGUCCACUAUGCAGUCUAGCCAUGGGGGUCCUGCACCACCAGGUGUCACUGUACCGCCUGGCACUAACCCCAUGCCACGGCACAGUAGCUUGAUGCAGCAGCCGCCACCAAUGUCUAUGGCACCACCGCACGGAGCUGCACCACCACCUCCCGGAGUUAUGCAGCCGAUGGGUCAGCAGUAUUCUCAGAUGGGCCAGCCACCACCGCCUGGGAGUACGUCUGUACCCCCAUGGCAACAAGCAGCAGCACCAGCACCAUGGCAGCAGCAACAACAACAGCAGCAGCCACCAUCGCUCAUGGGUAUGGCACCUCCAGGCACUGGCGGAUACGGUAUGGCCAUGCAGCCUCCUCCACCAAUGGGUCCGCCAGGAGUGGUACCACCUGGUGUCAACCCACCUCCUCCCGGCACACAGCCUCCACCAUGGGCAAGUGGACCACCAAGAUAACCAACUUGCCUCCUCACUCCGUCGUUGUUUUCCCUUUCUUCUCCCCAAAGUCCUAUUCUUUCACGUCUCUUGUCUCGUUCUUGUUGUUGUUCACUGGUUAUGCUAUCGUGUUGUCUAUCACCAUGACAUAGUUAUGGCCAUACUAAGCGGGUGAUUGUAAAGUCUCCAAUACCAUUAUCAUCAGUCUGCUGCUGCUCUGCCUACCCUGUUUGCUCUGCUGUCAUCUUGUUGUUAUUGCUGUGUGACUGCUCUCAGUGCUCUGUGACUGCAUGUUGUCCAGUUGCUGGGUGGCACUCAGCACCACACUCUCACUUUGUGAUUGAGGUGUCUUGCUCAAGCCUCGCCAAGUAUUAACGGUCUUGCUCUUUUCUCUGCAUUCACACUAGCUGUUGUAUAUCACGUGGAGUCACUUGCUGAGGCGCUGUGAGUUGUCUCUUAUACAGUGGCACCAGCCCAGACCCAGGCCUGCUUCCGCUUCUUAUUCAUUCUCGAAGUACUGAUAAUUAUUUCAUUUUAAUUAACUGCUA